CUUGCGAGCGACCGGAAGUUCGUCCCCAACAUGGCCGCGCCCAAGGGAAGAGGGUCUUCCACCGUCAUGUGACGCGGGCCGUCGCCCCACCCGUCUGCAGCCACUCCCUGUCUCGGUCCCAGGCUCGAGAGGACCACGUGACACUGUCGGGGGCCAGUCACGUGAGGCGCGGAUUCUGGGUGGGAGGGGGUUGGCGGAGGGUUCCAGAGUGGCAGUAAAGGAGGGAGAUGGCGGGGUGCAGGGGGUCCCUGUGCUGCUGCUGCAGGUGGUGCUGCUGCUGCGGUGAGCGUGAGACCCGCACCCCGGAGGAGCUGACCAUCCUUGGAGAAACACAGGAGGAGGAGGAUGAGAUCCUGCCAAGGAAAGACUAUGAGAGUUUGGAUUAUGAUCGCUGUAUCAAUGACCCGUACCUGGAAGUUUUGGAGACCAUGGAUAAUAAGAAAGGCCGCAGGUAUGAGGCGGUGAAGUGGAUGAUGGUGUUCGCCAUUGGAGUCUGCACUGGGCUGGUGGGUCUCUUUGUGGACUUCUUUGUCCGCCUCUUCACCCAGCUCAAGUUCGGAGUGGUACAGACAUCGGUGGAGGCAUGUAGCCAGAAGGGCUGCCUCGCCCUUUCCCUCCUUGAGCUCUUGGGUUUCAACUUGACCUUCGUCUUCUUGGCAAGCAUUCUUGUCCUGAUCGAGCCAGUGGCAGCAGGUUCCGGGAUCCCUGAAAUCAAAUGCUAUCUGAAUGGUGUGAAGGUGCCCGGAAUUGUCCGUCUCCGGACCCUGCUCUGCAAAGUCUUUGGAGUGCUGUUCAGUGUGGCUGGAGGGCUCUUUGUGGGGAAGGAAGGCCCCAUGAUCCACAGCGGAGCCGUGGUGGGAGCCGGCCUCCCUCAGUUUCAGAGCAUGUCCUUACGGAAGAUCCAAUUUAACUUCCCCUACUUCCGGAGCGACAGAGACAAGCGGGACUUUGUGUCCGCCGGGGCGGCUGCUGGAGUUGCUGCAGCAUUCGGGGCCCCUAUCGGGGGUACCCUGUUCAGUCUGGAAGAGGGCUCAUCCUUCUGGAACCAGGGGCUCACGUGGAAAGUGCUCUUCUGCUCCAUGUCUGCCACCUUCACCCUCAACUUCUUCCGUUCUGGGAUCCAGUUUGGAAGUUGGGGUUCCUUCCAGCUGCCCGGAUUGCUGAACUUUGGGGAGUUUAAGUGCUCUGACUCUGAUAAAAAAUGUCAUCUCUGGACAGCUAUGGAUUUGGGUUUCUUCGUCGUGAUGGGGGUCAUUGGGGGCCUCCUGGGAGCCACAUUCAACUGUCUGAACAAGAGGCUUGCAAAAUACCGUAUGCGAAACGUGCACCCGAAACCUAAGCUCGUCAGAGUCUUGGAGAGCCUCCUGGUGUCCGUGGUAACCACCGUGGUGGUGUUUCUGGCCUCGAUGGUGUUAGGGGAAUGCCGACAGAUGUCUGCUUCGAGUCAAAUCGGUAAUGACUCAUUCCAGCUCCAGGUCACAUCAGAAGAUGUCAACUCAAGUAUCAAAACCUUCUUUUGUCCCAAUGAGACCUACAACGACAUGGCCACACUCUUCUUCAAUCCCCAGGAGUCUGCCAUCCUUCAGCUUUUCCACCAGGAUAGUACUUUCAGCCCUGUCACUCUGGCCCUGUUCUUCGCCCUCUAUUUCCUGCUCGCGUGUUGGACCUACGGCAUUUCGGUUCCAAGUGGCCUUUUUGUGCCUUCCCUGCUUUGUGGAGCUGCUUUUGGACGUUUAGUUGCCAAUGUGCUUAAAAGCUACAUCGGCCUGGGCCACAUCUACUCGGGGACCUUCGCCCUGAUCGGUGCUGCAGCUUUCCUGGGCGGGGUGGUCCGCAUGACCAUCAGUCUCACGGUCAUCCUUAUCGAGUCUACCAACGAGAUUACUUACGGGCUCCCCAUUAUGGUCACUCUGAUGGUGGCCAAAUGGACAGGGGACUUUUUCAACAAGGGCAUUUAUGAUAUCCAUGUGGGCUUGCGAGGGGUCCCACUCCUGGAAUGGGAGACGGAGGCGGAAAUGGACAAGCUGAGAGCCAGUGACAUCAUGGAGCCCAACCUGACCUACGUGUACCCGCACACCCGCAUCCAGUCUCUGGUCAGCAUCCUGCGCACCACGGUCCACCACGCCUUCCCAGUGGUCACGGAGAACCGCGGCAACGAGAAGGAGUUCAUGAAGGGCAACCAGCUCAUCAGUAACAACAUCAAGUUCAAGAAAUCCAGCAUCCUGACCCGGGCUGGCGAGCAGCGCCGACGGAGCCAGUCCAUGAAGUCAUACCCAUCGAGUGAGCUGCGAAACGUGUGUGACGAGCACCUCCCCUCCGAGGAGCCUGCGGAGAAGGAGGACCUCCUGCAGCAGAUGCUGGAGCGGAGCAGAUACACUCCCUACCCCAACCUAUACCCUGACCAGUCCCCGAGCGAAGACUGGACCAUGGAGGAGCGCUUCCGCCCUCUGACCUUCCACGGCCUGAUCCUGCGGGCGCAGCUCGUCACCCUGCUCGUCCGAGGCGUUUGCUACUCGGAAAGCCAAUCAAGCGCCAGCCAGCCGCGCCUUUCCUACGCCGAGAUGGCUGAGGACUACCCGCGGUACCCCGACAUCCACGACCUGGACCUGACGCUGCUGAACCCGCGCAUGAUUGUGGAUGUCACCCCAUACAUGAACCCCUCGCCCUUCACCGUUUCACCUAACACCCACGUCUCCCAAGUCUUCAACCUGUUUAGAACGAUGGGCCUGCGGCACCUGCCUGUGGUGAAUGCUGUGGGAGAGAUCGUUGGGAUCAUCACUCGACACAACCUGACCUACGAAUUCCUGCAGGCCCGGCUGCGGCAGCAUUACCAGACCAUCUGACAGCCCGGUGCGGCCUCGCCGCCACAUGCCAGCCCGCCCUGUCCUGGGGCUGCCCCGGGGAGGGGGCGGCUCGCUCAUGCUUCGCCGCCACAGCUGGCUGGGGCUGUUCAGGACACUGAAGAUUCCCACUCACCCACUCACUCGGAAAGCCUGCGAUCAUCGAACACUUUGGCGGUCAGCGGUCCUGGGGAUGGUAUGUUGGACCUUGAGAGCCUGGGCCUGUCUGAUCUUCUCAGCAAGUAUCUUCCUGUUCCCUGUUCCCUGCUCUCUUGCCGUCCAGCCUGGGCCCCGGCCCCAGGCCCCUCCACCCGACGCGUGCCAGGACCAGAGGGGGCAUCAGGCCUCAGCCACGGGGGGAGUGAUGCCCAGAGCAGUUUUCCUGCCCUCUGCUGCUGCUUUCCUAGGGAACCCAGGUGUUGCCUUAAACUGUAACAGGAGGGGCUUUGGCCAAGGCAAGUGCUGGGGCGAAAGCCAGUUGCAAAAUUAAGGGAAUUACCAAAUUUAGAGACUGAGCCACUAAGAUAACGCAUGUGUCGCGGGGGCCUUCCUGCAUUGGGACUCUUGACAGGUGCCCAGUUUAUUUGAAGGGAAACACGGCUUCCGGGGGAGCUGCUGCUCUGGGCUUGCCUCCUCAGAAGCGCCGCCCUCCAGAAGCACAAGUCCCACGGACUGUCCCUGAAGAAGUCUGAUGGGACGGUCCAGCUUAGAGCCGCCCCAGUUUUUAGCAAUUCCCGUGGCCCAUCCCCUUGUCCCUCCCCUCUGCACCGAGUUACUGACUUCCCAUGAGUUCUUCCGCGUCUUCCUGGAGAUGCAGCCACGGCCCAGGUGUCUCCACCCCGCCCCCCGCCCCAUUAGAUAAAAGGGCACCCUGUGAUAUUGCGUGACCUGACUCUGGGGAAUGAUACUGUUACAUCUGAGACGGGCAGAAGCCAGUCCUGGGCCAGUGAGCACUACAGGAACAUGAUACGGCCUAGAAGCCAGAUUAGGACAGAGCAGAUGGCUUAUUCCAGGAGGAGGGCGUGUGCCCGUCGCACACCUGUCUGACCCCCGCCAGUAGCCAUCCCCAGCCCACUCGGGCCCAGCCAUGGAAACUGUGCUGCCAGGGGACAGGGGUGGGAGGGACCCCCACCCGCACGUGCCCCAAGACCCGAGCACAAACCCUGGAAACGGAGCCUCUUUGUCUCUCCAGGCUGGGGGCCCCCAGAGCGAGCGCUUCGUUUCGGCUAUUUUGCACUUACUUUUCUCUCAGCCUCUGGGCCGGCCCUCUGAUUUGCGUCCACACCCUAGGCCUGGGGUCGGCCGCCCGGUGGCAGAUGUGCUUUGGGACUCAAGAUGGCGUUUAUUUGCAUUUAAGUUUGCGUCGGGUUUUUUGGUCAGCUGUGGCAGUUCCCGACAACAUGGGCGCCUGCCCUGGACAGCGCUGUCCUCUUCGCCCUCUGCCUCGGGCCGACCUCCAUUGCCAAGACUACCGUGCAGUCUGCGAGCGGGCGCCCGUUUCGCUGUGGCCGGCCCAGGUCUUGUGCUCAGCCCCCUCUGCUCCGCUAAGUGAGGCGGCUGCUUCAGGAUCUUUCCACCUGGCUCCCCCUCCCCCCCCAGUCCAUCCGCUCC